AGGAAAUGAGAUAAAUCUAAGAUUUCCUGGAAGUUUCAUUAGAAUCUUAAAUAAAUAGGAGAUGCUAACAGUUCUUGAAGAAUAUGACAAAGUAACAAAACUAUUGGUGACACUCUCAUUUGGAUUAUCAACAGAAGGUGAUAAUGCUUUUCCUCCGUUUGUUUGGUGUGUUGCUCACAGUCAUAUCAUUAACAACCGCUUAUGAUGACGACCGAGAAGCACUGUGCGAGGACAUAACGUGUGAAGACUAUGAUUGUCAGGAAGUCGACACUUGUGAAUUUGGCGAAGUACCGGAUGUAUGUGAAUGCUGUUACACAUGCGCCAAGGGUCCCGGUGAGAGCUGCGGGGGAAUGUAUAAUUUAGCAGGCAUCUGUGCUUGGGGCUAUUUCUGUGAGCCCCAUCCGAAGUAUCCGCAACUCCCUGGCAUCUGCGUCAAGUACUGAAGAGCACUUCAUGCAUCAAUCUCAUAAUUUUUAUGGCCAUCCGAAGAAUUUCCAUCCAACGUUGAUGCUGCGGUUGUGUCUUGUACUGAACAUCUCUCUAAUGCAUCAUCGUUUUAUUUUAUGACUUUAAUAAAGUUUUCAUACAUUUGC